CGUGCUGUGCCGUGCCAUGCCAGGCGAUGCCAUGCCGGACGGUGUCAGCCGUGCCGUGCUGUGCCAGUCCAGGCUGUGCCGAGCCGUGCCGGACCCCGCCGUGCCGAGCCCAGGCUCCGCUGUCCCGCUCCGUGCCCCCCGGUGCCCCGGCACGGCUCGGCCUGGAGCGGCGGCUCCGGGAGCGGGUGAAAUCACCGCCGGAAGCGGGGCCCCGCCGCGCCGCCCCCGGCCCGCGUCACCCCCACGGCCCGGGCGGGGCGGGGCCGGGGCCGCGCUGAGCCGGGAGCGGGACAGGACCGCGACAGCGACCGGGCGGAGGCGAGCCGGGACAAGGACCGGGACCGCGCUGAACCGAGCCGGGAUCGGGCUGAACCGAGCCGGGACGGGGACAGGCACCGCGAUAGAGACCAGGCAGAGCCGAGCCGAGAUAGGGACCGGGACCGAGCUGAGUCGAGCCGAGCCAAGAACCGGCACCGAGCUGAGCCGAACCGGGAUAGGGACCGGGGCCGGGGCCGGGGCCGGGCUGAGUCGAGCCGGGACAAGAACCGGCACCGAGCUGAGCCGAACCGGGUUAGAGACCGGGGCCGGGCUGAGCCGUGCUGGGACAAGGACUGGGCUGAGCCAAGCCGGGAGCAGACUGAGCCGAGCCAGAAUAGGGACCGGGAGCGAGCUGAGCCGAGCCCGGGCAGGGACCGGGAGCAGGCAGAGCCGAGCCGGGAUAGGAACCGGGGCCGGGCUGAGCCGAGCCGGGAGCGGACAGAGCCGGGCCCCAGCCCGGGGACCGGCCGGGCUGGCGCGGGGCCGGGUGUGCCCGUGUGCCCGCGGGCUCGGUGGGGCCGUGGGGCGGCCGGCCCGGGCCGUGGCCGCCGCCGUGCCCGUGGCCGGAUCGGGGUCGCGGGGCGGCGGGUCCGGGAGCAGCUGCGGGGCGGUGGCGGGGCUGGCGCUGCGGCGGGGCGGCGCGGGGGGCACGGGGGGCAGCACCGCCAGCAGCGGCUACUGCAGCCAGGAGGACUCCGACUCCGAGCCCGAGCUCUUCUACACCGCCCGCACCUCCCUCGGCCGCCGCCCGCGCCGCCGCCAGGAUGAGCCCAGCGAGUGGGAGAAGGCAGAGUUGGACCAGGCGCAGGUGGAGCAGCGGAUCAAGGAGUACAACAGCCAGAUCAACAGCAACCUCUUCAUGAGCCUGAACAAGGAUGGCUCCUACACCGGCUUCAUCAAGGUGCAGCUGAAGCUGGUGCGCCCCGUCUCGGUGCCGGCCACCAAGCGGGUCCCCGCGCUGCAGACAGGGCGGUCGGGGCCGCACACGCAGGGGGUGAAGCGCCGCACAUCCUUCUACCUGCCCAAGGGCACCGUGAAGCACCUGCACAUCCUCUCACACACGCGUGCCAGCGAGGUCAUCGAUGCUCUCCUCCGCAAGUUCACCGUCAUCGACAACCCUCGCAAGUUCGCCCUCUUCGAGAGGUCCGAGAAGGAUGAGCAAGUGUACCUACGGAAGCUGGCUGAUGAGGAGCAGCCCUUGCGGCUGCGGCUGCUGGCUGGCCCCAGCGAGAAGGUGCUGAGCUUCGUCCUGAAGGAGAAUGAGACCGGGGAGGUGAACUGGGACGCCUUCACGCUGCCAGAGCUGCACAACUUCCUGCGCAUCCUGCAGCGGGAGGAGGAGGAGCACGUGCGCCAGCUGCGGCACCGCUACGCCCGCUGCCGACAGAAGAUGCAGGAGGCUCUGGCUGCGUACACACCGGGGUGACCGUGCCAUCUGCGCUGGUGGUCAGGCAGCACACUGGGACCCUUGCCCGCCGGCGGGUGGGGGCACUGGGAGGGGGGGUGGAGUGGGGCACCCCGUGACCCACCGUCACAGCCGCCAUGGGGCUGGCCCAGGGAGUGGGUGUCCCCAGGGGAGUAGGUGUCCCCAGGAUGAAAUGGGUGUCCCUGGGGGGAAGCAGGGCGUCGAGCACCAAUAAAAGCAUCUUGGUGACGAG